UUGGCACAUGAAACGCCACUAAAUUUUAUAUUAAAUAAUAUUGAAAUUUAUUCAAAAAUUCUUUGUACAUUGCAAAGAUUUCUGUAAAAUCAUGUCGAUAACUAGUAAAAGUACGUGUACCGGAAAGACGGGAAAAAAGGGGAAAAAAGAUGAUGGCAAAACACCGAAAGAUGAUUUUAUGGACAGAUUUUAUCCACCGGAUAGAAAAAUUUGCACUAUAAUCCCCACGAGAAAAGAAGAAAUAGUCGACCCAUUCUAUCCGUAUCGACCGAAAACAAGCAGAGAAUAUUUAGAUUACAACAUCUCUCAAACCGAAGCCAAAAUGGAUUGUGGACCUUAUAAAAUACAUUAUUCUUUUAUAAGAGCUGAAUACGAACGAUUUCCGCCUGAUUAUGUGUUUCCAGUAAAAAAGAAACGAAAACAUCCCCAACACGGGCGAGGACCAGUUUGGGUGUUUAUGGAUGAAAUACUGAAAGCUAAAAUUGAGAAAUUACAAGCUGUCUACAGAUAUGAGCAUAAAAUACAACUGCGCAUCAGCAAAAAGAUAGCACAUCAAGCGAAGAAAGCGAUGUUAUCAAAAAUUAUUGAAAAUGCCCUUCCUGCGUGGUUCCAUGAAUUAUCUAACCAACAACUAGAUAGUGUGGAUCUUUUAUACAAAGCCAUAUUAAGAGAUUUACAUUACCACACGAUUUGUAACGUUCAAGAUGUUAUAGCAAAAAUUGGAUUGGUUUUAAGACCGAAUCAUUUAUAUGUUGAAAAAGCUUUAAAACUUUGCUGCAAGUGUCCUAUUAGAUUCUUGACGCUGAUUUAUCUCUAUAGAAGAAAAAAACGACAGGAAGAAUGCAUAGAUUACGAUCUUAACGAUAAAAUAUUAUUAUCUUCAAUCGUUCACUUGGUGUUACCAAUGAUAUUAAAAGAAAUGCAUAUCAGAAUCCCAUCACCCCCACCUAAAGAACCUUUACCACCUCAACCCGAACCGCCGAAGCCAAAAAAGAAAAAGUAUGACUCCCCAUAUUUAGAACCAUACACAUUUAAAAGGGAUCCACCACGUACAGGUGUUUAUAAAAAUAAUCACGUUCAAUAUCCGGAGAGUCCUUACUUUAUAUAUUUAAGAGAAUACUAUCUUGAGAUGUAUAUAAACCAAUUAGGGGAUGAAGAAGACUUAAAAAGUAGAUCGCGUAAACGCAAACGGAAACGUCCAAAUUACGAAAAUCUCUCUCCGAUUGAAAUUGAAUUGAAUCACGAACGGGAUGGUGCCCAACGAGAAUACGAUGAGUUAUUCGAAGGAAUGGCAACACCCCGGUUAUUAAGGGCCAACGUAUUUCCAAAAUGCAUAAUAGUACGUCCGGAAGUGGAAGUUUCAAUUCACGAAGAAAGCUACAUCGAAGAGCAGGAACAUAGCGAAGUUGAAGCUCCCCAACCCGAUCAACCUAGUCCACCUGAUGAUGCAGCACAAGAUGAUAAUGUGCAACAAGAUGUUAUUGAUGAAUCUUACGAAGGAGAAGGUGAAUCUUACGAGGAAAGUAGCGAAUUUGCUACGAUUGAUAUGGCAGGAUAUUGCCGGGAUCAUCCAUGUUGUAAAACUAAAAAGAUAUAUCGGCUUCCAUUAAGUAAAGAGAAAGGUUGUGGGAAGAUGGAGAAAAAGAAUGUUGAUACAAAGAAAAAAGGAAAACAAAAAUAUAAUACCGAUCUUGACGAUGAUUUCGAAGAUUACGGCACCGAAAGUUAUACUGAUUACGAUUCAGACGCUUUACCCGAUUUAUCACCAGAAGAAAAUUAUCCCAUGUAUGCAAAUGUGGUGCCAAUUUGCGGUGGAAUAGUUUAUCACCCAGUGUAUAAGUGGGUACCAAUCAUAACAGGAAUAAUAGCCCCGGAUGUUACUUGCGGAUGUAACGUUGAGCCACCACCAAAAAGCUCCAAAGAAUCCAUAGAACUGUUUAGACGACGAAAACCGGGGAAGGUACAAACCGGGGAAUGUACUUGUAUAGAACUCUUUCUUAAACGCCAAAAAAAAGAAAAGGAGUAUCAAAAAUUUAGGAAAGAAGUAAGAAAGCUUUGUACUUGCAAAAUUUGUAUGUGUAAAGACCGAAUCCCAAGAACUCCAUCACCGGUACCGAGUGUCCCCAGUUUUAUCCCACCAAGCGACGAUGUUUACCCAAAACCAAUCCCGAGCAAACUAGUUGAAAUCGUUGAACCACCCCCAUUCGAAUGCGAAUGCAAAAACAUCGUUCAACAACGAUUAAGUCACAUGCAACACGUUGAGAACGAAGUUGAAGAUAACAGAAAACGUUCUUAUUUUAUAGCCGACACCACCGACGAUGGAAAAAAAAUUAUAGGUGCUAUUAAAGCCCCGAAACCGUGUCGCUGCUUGGAAAAGUACCAAGCGAGAGUCGAACGAUUUGAAAGGGAGAAACGUAUCGAGUUUAUCCAAAGAGCUUUGAAAAAUACCAAGAAAGUAUUUUUCUUCGGUGGCAUUAAAUUGGACGCGGAUGGAAAACCAAUAUAUAUGAUCGCUGGAGUUGCCGGUGCAAAACCUUGCGGGAAAUGCGUUGAAACUAAAAUAGAAGAAGUUAGAGAGGAACAACGUAAAGCUGAAAUGCCGGUUCUACCUGCUGGUCGCAUUCAAUAUCAUAUCUCCGGAGUACGAAAAACUCCCCAAGGAAACGUUUAUAUAAUUUCAGGAACAUCAGCAUCAGAACCAUGUAAUUGUAUGAAACUGUACGAUACUUUCGUGAUGAUGCACGCAAGAUGCAUGCAAGUGUAUCAUCGUUACCUGGAAAAAAUGGAAAAUGAUACAAGGGAGUAUUUAGAAGAAAUGGGAUCGGCACACACCACGACUUCAUCUAGCUCAUCAGAAAAACAACUUGGAGAAGGACAAGGAGAAGAUAUGUCCUCUACCUCAACUUCGUCUAAAACUACCUCAUCUACAACUUCUUCGAGUACUAGUCCUAAAUCUAGUUCCGAAACUAGUUCAGGUUCAUCAUAUGAUGGUUGUACUUGCGGACCAUUUCCAAAGGAAAAAAUUGUUGAGGAAGAAGAAGCUGUUGAACAGGAAAGUGAAGAAGACAUUGAGGAAGAGGAAUAUCCUUGUGGUAGAUAUGUGAUUGUAAAAGAAAUUCCACGGGAGAGAGAAGAACAAAUUAAAAUAAUACAGAAAGUAUUGGAUGGUUUGGCAAUAGAUGGUUUCCCAAUAGCUGAUCUACCAGGUGCAUAUAAAUUACCACACUUUAGAAUUUGGUUGGCAUUAAGAACAAAAUCUUAUUAUACAAUAAAAGAUCGUGAAGAUAUGAUGACGUAUUCGAGAGUAUUCUGGGGGGAAUUGGACAAAUGUCAUAAAGCCUAUAAAGUGCCUGAAUCAUUAAACAUACCAGAUAGUAUUGCAAGGAAAUAUACUUAUGGUCAAUCGAAUUUUGUUAAAAAAUGGACUGAAGGUUUGAAAGAGAACCAAUAUCGGCAAAUAAAACAAACUCUUAUUUCGCAUGGAAGGGAAUUUUUUCCCUCUUUAUUUGCUUACGAACUUCCAACGCCAACAUUUCGUGAUGUAUAUUUUGCAUAUGUUCCAAGUAAGGAAGAGGCGCUGUUUGCAAGAUUCCCUUGGGCUCCGCACGAGUUUAGAAAUUAUAAACAAAUGAGAGAAAGGAGAGCUGCUCAAUAGGCGGGAUAAUAUCAAAAAUUAAUUAUUUUUAUGUUUCGUGAAAUAAAAAACACAUUUCUAUAUUA